AUGGGGCUGUCUUUCCUUGUCAGCACCCUCGUGGGCGUUGCUGUCCUCUAUGUCUUGAAACUCGCGUUGUUCCCUAAACGGGCCCUGGCCCCGCUCCCGCCAGGCCCCAAGGGAAAGCCCAUUAUCGGGAAUCUGGCGGAUCUGCCACCCCCGGGGCAGAAAGACUGGGAGUACUGGGCGGGGUUCAAGAAGCUUUAUGGUCCGAUCAGCUCGGUAACCAUCCUCGGCCAGACGAUCAUCAUGGUCAAUGAUCGUCAGAUGGCCUUCGAUUUGAUGGAGAAGCGCUCGUCGAUCAACUCGUCGCGCCCGCGUAUGACGUUCGCCGGAGAAAUGGUGGGUUGGGAUAAUGCCGUCGCCAUGCAGGCGUACUCGGACCGGUUCCGCGCUUAUCGCAAAGCGAUCCACAAGGCGUUUGGAACAAAGCCGCUUGCUGCGCGCUUCAAUUCGUUGCAGGACGUUGAGGUAAGGCGGUUUUUGCUGCGGGUUUUGGAUAAGCCGCACGAUUUGGUGCAGCAUCUUCGGACGGAGGCCGGAGCUGUCAUUCUGAAGAUUGCGUACGGCUACAACAUCGAGCCGCACGGGAGCGACCCUCUCGUCACUCUUGUCAAUGACGCGAUGGAGGAUUUUUCUUUGGCUGCUGCGCCGGGGAAGUGGAUCGUUGAUACUGUUCCAUUUCUUAAGAAUCUCCCGGCAUGGCUCCCUGGCAUGGGCUUCAAGAAGAUUGCCAACGCAUGGAGAAAAACACUCAUCGAAACCAUCGAGAAACCCUACAUCUUCGUCCGGCAACAAAUGCGACAGGGCAGCUACCCGCCGUCGUAUCUCGCUAGCCUGGUAGAAGAAGGGGCGCACAAGUGGACGGCCGACGACGAACUAUUAGCGAAGUGGUCAGCGGGAUCUCUGUACACCGGAGGCGCAGACACGACGGUCUCCUCUCUGUCAUGCUUCUUCCUCGCUAUGGCGCUCAACCCGGAUGUUCAGCGCAAGGCCCAAAAGGAGAUCGACCGCGUCCUCGGCCCGAACAAGCUGCCCUCUUUCGCUGACCGCGAAAAUCUCCCUUAUAUCGACGCUGUCGUCAAAGAGACGCUCCGCUGGCACCCUGUCGGCCCGAUCGGGCUUCCCCACAUGACGACCGAAGACGAUGUCUACGAAGGCUAUCGCAUCCCGAAGGGGUCGAUCGUCCUGCCCAACAUCUGGGAAAUGUUCCACGACCCCUCAGUAUACGCCAACCCGGAAGCCUUCAACCCCGACCGCUUCCUCGCCACCGAGACACACACCCCCGAGCUGGACCCACACACGAUCGCCUUCGGCUUCGGCCGCCGCAUCUGUCCCGGCCGCCUGCUGGCCGACAAUACCGUUUUCUUGAGCAUCGCACAAUCCCUAGCUGUGUUUAAUAUCGCGACGGCAGAAGACAUCGGGAAGCCUGACUUUACGACCGGUGUGGUGAGCCAUCCUGCGCCGUAUAAGUACGAGAUUACGCCGCGGAGUGAGGCGCAUGAGGCGCUUAUUCGGGCGGUCGAGGUAGAGGCGCCUUGGGAGGAGAGUCAUGCGAAGGAGAUUGAUGGGAUUGAUUUCAAGGCGUAGUUCUG